AUGGACUUGAUUAUGGUUGGGAGGUUUGAGGAAUUAGCGAGCAAGACCAGGGAGAAUAUUCUUGAAGAAGUGGUUUAUGUGGUGGUGAAAUUUGAUCUGAAGAUCUUGAUAGGAAGAGUUGUGGCUGAGCAUGUAAAGAAAGAAUCCAAGUUUCUCCUCGACCUUGAUUCUUGUAUCAAGGACAACCGCGGCCUCAGCGCGUCCGACGCCGCCCGCCUCCGGCGCCGGCAGCUCCUCCAGUACCACGCCGGCGGCGGCCACGGAGAUGAUGGCAGCGACGUGCCCGUCGACCCGUCCUACUCCUUCCCGAACCCGCGCCUCCGCGACGCGUACGUCGCGCUGCAGGCGUGGCGGCGCGCCAUCCUCUCGGACCCCUACAACGUGACGGGGUCCUGGCGCGGGCCCGACGUCUGCGCCUACGCCGGCGUCUUCUGCGCGCCGUCCCCGGCCGACCCCUACCUCACCGUCGUCGCCUCCGUCGACCUCAACCACGCCGACCUCGCCAGCCACCUCCCCGAGGCGCUCGGCCUGCUCGCCGACCUCGCCGUCCUCCACCUCAACUCCAACCGCUUCUGCGGCCUCGUGCCCCGGUCGCUCGAGAAGCUCCGCGCGCUCCACGAGCUCGACCUCAGCAACAACCGCCUCGUCGGGCCCUUCCCCGACGUCGUGCUCCGGAUGCCCGCCCUCAGGUACCUCGACCUCCGCUUCAACGACUUCGAGGGCCCCGUGCCGAGCGAGCUCUUCGACCGCCCGCUCGACGCCAUCUUCCUCAACUCCAACCGCUUCCACUUCCAGAUCCCCGACAACGUCGGCAACUCGCCGGCGUCCGUGCUCGUGCUCGCCAACAACGACUUCGGCGGCUGCCUGCCGGCGUCCGUCGCCAACAUGUCCGGCACGCUCAACGAGAUCAUCCUCAUGAACACGGGGCUCAAGUCCUGCGUGCCGCCAGAGCUAGGAACGCUCACGGGGCUCACCGUGCUCGACCUCAGCUUCAACAAGCUCAUGGGCGCCAUCCCCGACGAGCUCGCCAGGCUCGAGAGCGUCGAGCAGCUCGACCUCGGCCACAACCGCCUCGUCGGCGACGUGCCGGAGGGCAUCUGCCACCUGCCGCGCCUCCAGAACUUCACCUACUCAUACAACUUCAUCACCGGCGAGCCGCCCGUGUGCCUGCACGUCAAGAACGUCGACGACCGGCGGAACUGCAUCCCGGACCGGCCCGAACAGAGGUCGCCAGACCAAUGCAAGUUCAUCAAGAACCACCACGUCAACUGCGACGCAUUCAAGUGCAAGAAGUUCGUGCUGCCGUCGCCACCUCCGCCGCCGUCUCCUCCCCCAUCGUCACCUCCGCCGCCAUCUCCUCCUCCACCGUCGCCCUCACCACCGCCACCUUCACCUCCUCCGCCCUCUCCUCCACCUCCAUCCCCAUCACCACCUCCUCCUUCUCCCCCACCGCUGUCUCCUCCACCUCCAUCCCCCUCACCUCCUCCUCCAUCUCCCCCGCCGCCAUCUCCACCACCACCAUCUCCUUCCCCUCCACCACCAUCUCCAGUAUACUACUCAUCACCGCUGCCACCCUACUACGAGGUGUCACCGGAGGACCGGUACCUCUCCCCGCCACCUCCAGCCUACAAUGAGGUCCCACCGCCACCCUACUAUGAGGUCUCACCGGAGGACCGCUAUCUCUCGCCACCACCUCUAGCUCACCACGAGUCGCCACCUCCGCCACCUCCAAUCCACCACGAGUCGCCGCCGCCGCCCUACUACGAGGUGUCGCCGGAGGACCGUUACCUCUCACCGCCGCCACCCCCGGCUAGCGUCCCCAAGUACGACUACUCGUCGCCACCUCCACCUUCCUCUCCUCCGUACUCGGAGGUGUCUCACCUUCCUCACCCGUCACCUCCGCCGCCACGGGCGCUGCCCAAGCUGCCGGUGUGGGACUACUCAUCGCCACCUCCGCCGGCGGCCAGGUGGACGCCAUAAAAAUUGAUUCUUUCCAGGAAUUUUUCCCAUGCCUUGUGAUGAUCAACCAUAUACAUUGUUAAUUAUUCAUUGUGGUAAAAAGAAAGCGUUGCUCAAUGAUUAAUCUUUGUUUUGUUUCCUUAAUUUUCUCUCUCAUUUGGUACCUUCUUUUUCUUUUUCUCUACUGAUUUGAUUUGGUUCCGCUGCAAAAUCUCCGUUCUAUAGAGAAGAUCGAAUACAGAAAACAGAGUGGCGAGAGAGGUUGUAAU